UUCUCAGUUAAGUUAUCAAUCGCAGCUCGCAUGAAAGGGAAAAAAAAGUGACAAGGGGGAAGAAAUGUGGCCGGCGGCGUGGACGAGGACGAGCAAGCUCCUAGGGCGGCUCGCCGGCGUCCGUCCAUCAAAAGGAUCCGGUCGCUCCUCCUCUGCGGGUGCCGCCGGAGAGAGCAAGAGUCAGAUCCGGAGGAAGAGGGUGGUGACCAUCGGUGCCCUGAGCCUGGCCGGGGGAGUCGCCCUCAGUGCCAUCAACGACCUCGCAAUCUUCCACGGAUGCACCACGAAGGCGCUCGACAAGGCUACCGACAACCCAGAGGUCGUACAAGCCAUUGGGCUGCCUAUAGCUAGAGGGCCAUGGUACGAUGCGUCCGUCGUUCUGGGUCAUCGCCGCCGAUCCGUGUCGUGCACGUUCCCGGUGACCGGCCCACGGGGGUCGGGAGUCUUUCACAUCGAGGCCAUCCGGAAUGGAGAGGAUGGCGUGCUUUCGUUUCUGCGCCACCACGACUGGGAGAUACUGGCCAUGGAUGCUCGCCUGGAACUGCAAGCACUACCUUCAGAUGAUGACGGCCAUCAGCGGCAACCACUCGUGAUGAACCUCGACCUGAUGACCAGCGCUGCUCAUGACGACGACAACGAGUGUAAGACUAGUAGUACUGCUGGUGGUGGGAAAAUCAGUUGAGAGUCGAGCCUUUCUUUUCUUUUCUUUUCUUGUUGUUGCGACAAAAGGAACGGAUAUAGAAAUUUGGUUUUGAUGGAGGUGGCAAUAAUAAUUGAAUUGAGCA